UAGGCACAAAGCCUCCUCUCCCUCUCCCUCUCCCUCCACAGCUCUCAAACUGUACACAACUACUGCAACACACUUUCCAAUGGUAGCCUUGUCUUCCUCACCUUCUUCUGUGCUUUCUCCUUCCAUUAGUUUCCUCGGCCAAAAGCUCCCCUUCCCUUCUGCUCCGGCUUCUGUCAGAUUCCGUCCACCUAGCAUCGCUGCCACUUACUCCUCCGCAGAGAAGACCAGACCACCGCAUCUCUGCUCUUCGAAUAUGGCUUCUUCGUCAUCCCUUUAUGAGGUUUUGGGUAUACCCAUGGGCGCCACUUUUCCGGAGAUCAAAUCCGCGUAUCGGAGAUUGGCGCGCGUUUGUCAUCCAGAUGUGGUGGCGAUGGAUCGGAAGGAUACGUCGACCAAUGAGUUCAAGAAGAUCUACGCCGCUUAUUCCACGCUCUCCGAUCCUGAGAAACGCGCCGAAUACGACCGCAAUCUCUUCAGUCGGCAACGGUUUUAUACUUCUCCUUCCUCUUCUGCCUCCUCAUAUGCGUCAGCGUCAUCGUCAAUGUCUGGCUUUUCCGGCUAUAGUCGCCGGACUUGGGAGACCGAUCAGUGCUGGUAGAGAAUUGUGCUUCGUCUCUAUCUCUUUUAGCUAUUAAAACUAAUUUGAGAUUCGAUUCAAGCCAGAAAACAGAGUCGGAAGCCAAGAUCAAAACGAAAACAGAGCUCUUCUUUUUAAACCUACGGGAAAGAGCUCUUCUUUGGUGAUUCAAAAAUUUGUGCUCCAUUAAUCUGUGUGUUAGGCGCCUGCUGCAAUUCAGAUUUUUAAUUUCUAUUGUGUAUAAAUUACAAAAUCUAGAAAGAAAAGAAAGAAGGGAUUCAUCUAUUGAUGCAAUGUACUGGGUCUUGGACCCAUUGUAAAUGUAAACGGAUAUGUUUGGUUCUUUCAUUCUCUUUAUUAGAAGUUCCGAAGUUAACU